GCCGGUCCCGCGCAUUGCAGCGACCGUGCUUUGGCUCCUCGCGCUGCCGCGCUGGAACAAGGACGAUGAUCGGCAGCAGGGCCUGCCCAUGGGAGUAUGGAUCUUCCGUAGCACUCAGUUUUUCCUGGCCGGUUGGAUCGUUGAUGAGCUUCCCCUCUGGAAGUUUGGCUUCUUCGUUUGGACCGGCGCCAUCUUGGCGGGCCGUCGGGGUCGUCUCGGUGCCUGGCCCGUGCUCUUUUGGAGCAUAGGCAUCGGCCACCAGCUCGAAAUGGACAUCCGCAGCUGGGUCUACCUGGCCACAUGGCGUGUGGACCUCAGCCACGGGAACGCCAGUGACCACGCCAAAAAGAUGCUGGGCCUCUGCCAGGAGCAGCUCAUGCGCUUUUGGCCAGCACCUCCAGCAUCCGAAGAGAAAGCGGAGGAAAAGCCCGCGGAGGCGGCGCAGGAGCCCGCGAAAUGCAUGGGCUGCGGACAGGUCGGGCGGUGGGCGCUGACCCUGCCUCGCCGGAAGAUCCUCUGCGAGAGCUGCACACAGAGCCUCUCUGCGACUGCAGAGGCGAACGUGGCCGCCUUUGUGGAAGGUGCAUCGCCGGGCCUCGCCGAGCCCUUAGCUAAACGCCCACGCCUGGAUCCUGGGGCCGGCGGAGAG